AUGGACACUCCCAUUGAUACUGUCAAGGAAGCAAAGAGACAUACGCAUACCUACAGCUUCUUCCGAGAGCCGUUGACCGCAUUAGAGGGUUUGAGUUCGUUAAUGACCGCUUUUUGCUUGAAGAGUUUCACGGACAAUUAUGGGAAUAUCUUGACUUUGUUGGAAACCGUGGUUGAUACUCCUGCUUUGCAAACUUUGAUGCAAUUCUAUGAUCCUGAAAUGAGGUGUUUCAUGUUCCAGGAUUACCAGUUGGCUCCGACAUUGGAAGAGUACUCUAUUAUUCUUAAUCUCAAGGUAAAAAACGAAGUGCCAUUCAUCGACAUUCCUAAAGAGGUGAAUUUCAAGUUGAUUGCGGCUGCUCUUUAUUUGAGCAUAAAAGAAGUAUCUGAUAAUUGGAAGUCGAAUGGAGGUGUCUCGGGGUUCUCUUUAAAGUUCUUAGUGAGAAAAGCUAAAGAAGAAUUUGAGAAAAAGAAUUGGAAUGCGUAUAAUGCCUUGCUUGCUGUAGCCAUUUAUGGGAUUGUGAUGUUCCCAAGUGUUCCUAAUUUUGUAGGCUCGACCGCAGUGCACAUCUUCAUGGGAAAGAAUCCUAUUCCUACAUUGUUGGCCGAUACUUAUUAUGCCGUUCAUUCCCGAUAUGAGAAAAGUGGUGGUGCCAUCACUUGUUGCCUUCAGCUGUUGUUCAUCUGGUUCCUCUCUUUGUUGCCCAGCAAAGGACCUUUUGUGAAGACAAGAGAUACGCUCAAGUGGACACACAGGGUUAUGUCACUUACUUCUUAUGAUAUUCAGUGGCAAAGGUACCAAAUUAAUGUUUCCGAGGUGAUAGUUGGGUGCGGUGAGUUCGACAAUGUUCCUUUGGUUGGUACUAGAGGUUGCAUCAAUUACAAUCCCGUGGUAUCCUUGCGUCAAUUGGGGUAUACUUUGAAGGACAAGCCGGCGGAUCAUUUGAUAGCGGAGACGGUCUAUUUUGAGAAGGGGUCGGAUCCAGAGAAAUUGGAGAGGAUAAUUGUGGCUUGGAAGAAGAUCCGUAAGCAUUAUGGAGCCCAUUUAGGAAAGAAAGAAUCGCUUGCUCUGACACCGUAUGUUACGUGGAUUGAAAAGCGAGUCGGAAGUUUGUUAUUGCCAUAUGAUAGAGUUGCACCACUUCAAAAGCAACCUCCUUUGAUUCUAUCCGAAUUUGUGCCGAUAGAGCUUUACAAGAAUGCUUUGGCUACUAACUACAGGUUGCAUGAAAGAGAGCAAGAGACCAAUUUGAAAUUCUUUGAAGAGAGGGAGGCAAAGAUGAGGUUGAUGCACCAACUCAAGCAAGUCGAAGGCGCAAGUUCAAGUCAAGCCAGUACCCGGAGGCGUCCCUAUGAGUUGCUAGAGGAAGAUUUGUAUCAUAAGCAGCAAGAGUGUCUACAGUUACAGAGAUCAGAGAGUAGUCUCAAGAAGCAGAAGCGGGAUUCAGAUAAACAGCUAGUAGAAGAGAAGGCUAAGACUGCUCGACUUGAAGAAGAACUAAGAAGACUCCGAGCUCAGCGGAGAGGAGAUGGAGGAGCUCAUUCUGUUACCAGGCGGUCCUAG